ACCAAGUGCACAUCAGUAUUUACACUUUAGCAUUCAGUAUUAGCACUCAUCCUUUUUACUUAUCUACUUCAAUACUUUUCUACCUUAUAUUUCUCUAACUUCCAUACUCUUCAAACAUGUUUCCGUGGAUGAGAAAACCCUCCCAACCUUCAAAGAUGGGUUUGAAGAAACUUCAUACUUCUCACGAGGAAGUUGAGGAAGCUGUCAAUUCCAUCAUUAACAUGACAGCAGAACCAGCUUCCAUAGUGGUGACUACGCAGACAUUCGAGACCAACUCUACCCUACCAACUCAGACGACAGAACAGACCACCAAGACGACGGAACAGACGACCAAGGCGACGGAACAGACCACCAAGGCGACGGAACAGACGACCAAGGCGGCGGAACAGAUGACCAAGGCGACAGAACAGACGAUCAAGGCGACAGGACAGACGAUCAAGGCGACAGAACAGACGACGAAGACGACAGAACAGACGACCCUGCCUUCUUCACUUCGGAACCCAUCCACUUCAAAUAACUGUAAGUCUUAUCCGACUGCCAUGACUUACUUAGAUACGAUACUCACUGACAUGAUCACUACCCCAUCACUAAUAAGUCCUCUCCAAAAUUCUCCUACUGAAAGUCCUAUCAAAAAUUCCUACGACCCACCCUCACUAAAUUCGUCAAGAUCCUCCAGUCCAAUCCUGAUUGACCACGAAAAACCUUACAUAAACAGACGAGAGCUACGUAAACUGAAACGUAACAGAACACAGUGUACAUAUACUUUCUUACGUGGACCAAAGAAAAAUACGAGGUGUACCAAAAUGACUAAGAUUAACUCUACACUGUGUUGCUUGCAUGCCCACAGUACUAACAAAAACCCCACAACCAUGUCAACAAAGUCACUUACUAGUACUUUAGCGACGGGUAACACUACAAACACUACGAACGCAACUAACACUACGAACGCAAAACCGUUAACUAAGUCAUUGACCGUAUCUAGACCAAUCACUCCACUUCCUCCUACUACUUCAGCGACAACAACUAAACCAAUCACUACACUUCCUCACACUUCACUUUCUAAUCCCAGUACAUCACUAACUCCUACAGAGACAACAAAUACCAAAAUCAGACUUCUUAAAAUUGACAAACUACACUUGGACGAGAAGUACUUCUACAUUAAGGCAUCACCAUCACACCACAGAGUUAUUGUUCGCAACAGAGGACAAAUCUUUAAAAUAAAAAUCCCUUACUACAUGGAACUACCACGGACGACAGGGUAUUACAUACGACAUAGUACGAAAAACAAACGGCAGCGGAUAACGACCUUUGUCCCUACACAGAACUAA